AUGUACUUUCCGUCACUACUUUUCUUCCUGUUGCCACUGUGCAAUGCCUACACAGCCCUUCUAUUCUACGGAGACGGGGGUGGAUGUUCUCGGGGUUCUUUUGAUGUGGUCAAUGUUGGCGGGAACCUAUGCGGCACAUCGCACAACCCUAAACGUCUCUAUGACGCUGCUCGUAUGUUAGCGGAUACAUCAACCACUGGUGCAACUAUGAGGGUGUUUUCGACCCUGGAAGACAAUCCAUGCGGCCAAAUGAUAGGUUCAGUCGGACCAUUUAAAUGUCUGACCACCGAGGUGGAAAUGAUAACCGGUGUUAUGAUCAUUCCGCCAGUGCCACUUAUCUCACUUCCAUGGGCCAACAAAAUAUUUCACUACGGUGAAACGGUUGAUCAUGAACCUUGCGAGCACGAUAAGGUCGUUUCGCAUGGAUAUGUGGAUGGUGCCACCGUCUAUCAGAUUCCCGCCGAUAGUGAAAUUGGCCGGGUCUAUGAUGCAAUGGUUGAAGGAGAGGAAAAGCAGGCGUGA